AUGCCGCUGUCCACUUCCAGGGAUUCAAAGGGUCAUGGCAAGACGUGCUUGAAGGGCCUCGAUGCUUUGUGGGUGAAGCAUUCCUUCGUUUGGACAUCAAGAUUUCCAUGGCUCAUUGUGGUGGAGGAGGACGGCAAGGUGAAAUCACUAGGAUGCACCAUUUGCUGCAACGCCCCUGAAAGCCAACGUGACAAGAAUGGCUUCGCAGAGUGCUCCAUCAAGACUGCCCAGACAUCAGUUUUCCAAAAGCACGAGAGGUCGACAGCUCACAUUUCCCGAUCGGAGAGCUUCAAAUCCAGCGGGGUUCCAAUUGCUGCCCCUUCGGCGCAGCAGUUUGCUGAAUGUCUGGAAUCUGUCUGGCGGGGUGCAGCAGAGCUGAAGGAGAGUGGACCUUGGAAGUGCCGUGUCAUGAUGUGGUGUUUGGCUGAGGAUGUGCGAGAUGGCCAGCUGCUGGUCAGCUUCGUCUCUGUUGACCACAACCUGAAGGUGACUACUGGCCAUUUGGGGCAGUGUGAUUUGAACGAGCGUUUUGGAUUGACUUCCAAAGACAUCGCUCAAGCAUCUGUCUUCAUCUUGCACAAGUUCGCGACAACUGGGUUGGGUAUGCCUGUGCGUGACUGUGCAAAUGAAACAGCGGCCCUUGAUCGUGAUCUGGUUCGACAUGUGAAAGAGUGUACUGAAGCCUUUGGUGCUGAUGGAGCUUUCGAUGAGCAAAGAUCAGGCCAGCUACUGAAGAGAUGGUUUCCUGCACUGAAACUGGUGCAGUUUGACAAAGCCCAUGCAUCUCAGAGGUUGUUGAGCCGGACUUGGCCCACAGACCCCUACAUCCACAAGCUUGUCCGGGAUUUGGUCAUUGGCCCCAGGGCGAUUGCACAAAAAAUUCGCUUCUCAGGAGUGUUCCGCAAAAGGUUUCAGGAAGCUGUCGCGGAACUGUCAGGCCCAUCCGCCAAACGGAUUCGGGAUUUGGCUUGCGCCAAACACAGAUUCGUGAGUGCAGCGCAGCCAUUCCGAAGAGCUGUGCUUUUUUUCCAGCCCUUGUUGAGGGUGGCCCAAUGGAUCUUGGAGCAGAGAGGGAAAAAUUCCAAUGAAGGCCAGUUGGCCAGAGAGUGGCUGAAUACAGUGACGGCAGAGUCAGCCUUUCAAUUGGCCCUGGUGGCAGAUGCAACGGAUGAGACAAUGGAGGUGAAUAGGUAUUUCGACCAGGAUACCUAUUCCAAGGCCAACAUCACAUUGCGAAUGCACAAGUUUCUGCAGAAAUGCACCUGGCUUUUCGGAGCACAAAGGGGAGCUAUGCAGACGGGCUACACGGCAUUGAUGAUGAAGACAUUGGAGAAACCUUGCAACAUUUUUGUUGAUGGAGGAGUCAGGAGUAUCAAGACUCCUUCCUCUGAUGUUGUUGAUAGAUGUUUUCAAAGGAUGCAGAACUGGCUUGAACUUGUGCGCAUGACUGUUCGUGCCGAGAUGCCCCACUUUGAAUCCCUGCAGUUGUUCAGGAUAUUCUCUUUGGAUGCUACUCCCAACAUGAAAGAUGUGAAGUGCCUCGCGAACCUCUUAGAGCUUGAUGCAGACUGCUUUUGUCAAGAAUUCCUUGACAUGAGGCCAAGUGCAGAGUGGCACUUCCUGGAGGGCGGGAGCAAGUCAUCUGAAGAUGCUUGGCGUACUGCCCACUUGAAGAACAAGACGCAGGCCUCUCCGAAAAAAACUUUGGAAGCGGCAUUGAUCAGGCUUUUCUCCUGGCAAAUCAAUACUACUGGUGUUGAGAGAGCUUUUGCAAAGGGCCUUCAUGCUGCGAGAAAAAGAGGAGACGUAGGAGAGAAUCGUCUGGACGACGAGCUACAGCUGUUGUCCUUGAACAAAGCCAGCAAAGGGAAACCUGUCGCCUUGCCCAAGUACAGUGAUCUGAUUGAGUCUGCUCGAGCUGUAUGGACUAAUCAUUAUGGUCCACCUCGAAACAGACAGAAGGUUCCUGAAGAUUCGAAAGGACGCAAGCGCACUCAGCCAGAUGAUGAAGAAAACAAGGACAAGAUUCACCUCGGAAGCUGCGUUCAUGAGGAAGCGGCGUCGAGAGGUUGA